AUGGGACUCUUCGUGCUCCCUGGAGUAAUAGAUGCGGACUAUACUGGAGAAAUACAAAUAAUGGCUUACACCCCCUACCCACCAUUGAAGAUUGAGCGAGGUCAACCCGCCAUUGCUUGGACUUUCCCUAUCCCCAUCACAUGGAUUACAGAAGAGCCAGUGAUGGUUAAGCAAUGGCCGUUAAAACGGGAAAGUCUUGAACAGGCUCAUAUGUUAGUUAAGGAGCAACUUCAGCAAGGACACUUAAGGUUGUCUACGAGCCCGUGGAAUACACCUAUUUUUGUGAUUAAGAAGAAAUCAGGGAAAUAUCGACUGCUCCACGACUUGAGGGCAGUGAACAGUCAAAUGGAGCCAAUGGGAGCACUGCAACCAGGUCUCCCGAAUCCGGCCAUGAUCCCAGAAAAUUGGCCUAUAUUGAUCAUUGAUCUUAAGGAUUGCUUCUAUACUAUCAAUUUGCAUCCAAAUGAUUCGAAGCGUUUUGCGUUUACGCUUCCAGCCAUCAACAGAGGUGAACCUGACAAGAGGUUCGAGUGGACAGUUUUACCGCAAGGCAUGCGCAAUUCGCCAACUUUAUGUCAGCUCUACGUGGAUGCGGCCCUGCAGCCCCUGAGGCAGAAAAUGUCUGAUACGGUGAUCUAUCAUUACAUGGAUGACAUUUUGUUUGCACGGAGCCGAGAAUUCACUGAAGAAGAUUUGAGAGGGAUUAGCACGACUUUGGCACAGUAUUCCCUAGUGGUAGCUCCUGAGAAAAUACAACGGUCUACACCUUGGAAGUACCUGGGUUGGACAAUCACGGAACAGAAAGUCCGGCCACAGAAGCUGUUGCUGGAUGUGAAAAUUUCCACCUUGCAUGAAGCCCAGAAACUCCUAGGUGACCUGCAAUGGUUAAAGCCGGUAACAGGUAUACCAAAUACCUUAUUACAGAAAUUACAACCGCUUUUGAAGGGCACCGAUCCAUGUACUCCUGUUAUUGUUACUCCAACACAAGAGAAAGCCCUCCAGCACAUUGGUCGGUGUAUAACCGACGGUUUUGUGUCUCGCCGGAUACAAGAUUGCCCAAUCGACCUCACCAUUUGGCAUGGCGACGACCACCUAUUGGGCGCGCUCACCCAGUAUAAAAAAGAAACGGGGGAGCCAAGGGUAUUGGAAUGGCUGUCGCCACCUUUACAAUCUAGAAAAACUAUAAUACAAAAAAUUGAAAAUCUCGCCAAAUUGAUCCAGAAAGGUCGACUGCGUGUCAUAGAGGUCACUGGACGGGAGCCAGCCGUGAUUCACCUACCCAUUGAGAAACCCACCUUGGACUGGUUCCUCAGACUUCGCAGAGGCGCUCUUGGGCCUAGGAGCAGAGAUAAGGACAGGAUCGAUAGCGCCUAA